AUGUUGCGAGAGUUCCAGCCUUGGGGGCGAGAGUUAAGGAAGGGCAAAAUGGCGGUGGUGAAGGAGAGCCACAAAACGGCCAGAGGAGAGCCGCCUCAGCUGGCCGGCAGCUGCUGGGAGGUGGAGGCAGCGGGACGGCCAGGCAAGGCCGUCCCAGAUCAGAAGUUGUACUAUUAUAAUGCUAGCUUUAGAACCAAUGAAGUAUACCUUCCUAGCUUGGAAAAACAUACCUCAAGUGACUUUAGAGAUCUGAGUAGAAGUAUUGAGUCUGUGAUUAAUGAGGCGUUUGCAUUUAGUCCUUUAAAGAAAAGAAUGAUCAAAUCACAGGUCGUAAACUUCAGCAAUGACAAUGGCAGAGUGUGGGUAGACGUGGUGCUGGUGUUUAAAUUCAACGUCUUGGACAAAAGAGAAGUGCUCUGGAAUACUGUUUACAAUAUUUUGCUGAAGAGAUUGGAGUUAUCAACGUGGCCUUUGAAUAUUGAUGUUUCAUCUUAUAAACUCUCAGAGAUUAAUGCGAAAAACGGUGAAAAUCUUCUCAACAGCUGUUGUGGAAUACGACCCGUAGCUGUGGAGCGAAUCUCUGGUGGAAACACUGUAGGGGAAGGGGAAUGGCCAUGGCAAGCUAGUCUUCAGCUGAAUGGCAUCCACCGCUGUGGAGCAACACUGAUCAGUAACAGAUGGCUGGUAACUGCAGCUCACUGCUUUAGAAGAGCCAGAGAUCCCAGACGUUGGACAACUAGCUUUGGGGCCCGCUUAAGGCCUCCAACAAUGAAAAGGAAUAUUUUGCAGAUCAUCAUCCAUGAGCAUUAUUCUAAUAAUGUCAUGCAACAUGACUAUGACAUUGCUGUUGUGGAGAUUUCACCCCCUGUGGAGUUUACAGCUGCGGUGCAUCCCGUCUGCCUUCCAGAGGCUACACAGACCUUUCCGGAAAACACCACCUGCUACGUUACAGGGUGGGGUGCUCUGAGAGAUGAUGGUCCUAGUGUCAGUGAACUGCGUGAAACAAAAGUGAAAAUUAUAGGCAACGCGAUCUGCAAUAGAAGGGAAGUGUACAAUGGAGUCAUCACAUCCGGGAUGUUGUGUGCUGGAUACCUGGAAGGAGGAAGUGAUGCUUGCCAAGGUGACUCUGGCGGCCCACUGGUUGCUUCCAUUGGGAAACAAAUAUGGUACCUCAUUGGCAUAGUGAGCUGGGGAGACGAAUGUGCUAAGCCAAACAAGCCGGGAGUCUACACACGAGUGACCUUCUAUCGAGACUGGAUUUAUGCCCAUACUGGGGUCUGAAAAUACAGGAAGGAUUAACUUCUCAGGCGAUAUAGGAGCCUGGAACUCCCAAGACAUUUGGACUAUAGAGAUUUUUAAAUAUAUGUAUAGUUCUGUACCUUUGAUCAGUAGUGGUUCCAGAGCUGGCGUUGGUGUGUCUGCUGGAGACAUCGACACAAUCCUUGCCAAGCUAUGCCACAUCCAUCAGCCUUGUUUUGUUUGCAGUACAAGAAGAAUAGACUGAGGCCCUUCAAUUGCAAUCAAGCAGCAACACAUUUUUGAUUCUAGUUCUUGAAGACUCCAGCCCUUAAAACAAUUGCACUAAUGGGGACCUGGAUGAUUACAGUAGAUCUCCUGCUUUCAUAACAGUUUUGAGAAUCUGGCAGACAGUAUUUUAUAGUGUAAGCAAAGUAUUUCAUUCAAAGGAAAUUACUGCACAUUGCCUGCCAUGGACUGGGAGCAUUCUUAACUUAUUACCACCAUCUUUCAAGACCAAAUACAGUCAUCAUUAUCCCUGCCAUGAUCUUGGGGUGGUGGGUGGAUGGGCCAAAAGCCAUCAGUGGUCACCCUUAACUGGUGAACGGUGGAGAAGGUCAAGACAUGCAGCAGACUGUGAACACACUUUUGUGAUGGUGUGUUACUUGGCAGAGGCACAGUUAUUUUACUUUCCUUCUGAUCCUCUGGCCUUGCACCUGAAACGUCCUCCAUAAGUCA